ACAUUUCUACAUCGCCGGGAUUUGUACGCCAAAGCCAGAUCGCUACUGGAUCAACCGCAGGAAGUAAUUCCUCACCGAGGCCAGUUUACAACCAUUCCAUUCACCCGAUCCUCAGUCCCAUCCACUCCGUUUGUGACUUCCAGCCCCGUAUGUGCCCAGAGUACCCCGACUCCGAUGAAUGAAACCGCGGAGGAUUUAAUUUGUGUUUCACCUUUUGUCGGAGCUCCUCACCGACGUGCAACAAUAUCCAAUCCAUCAUCUUUGGAUGAGAUAUUCCGAUCUGAUUUGCAAGAGCCAUCAGAGUCCGAUUUGUUGCACGAAUUACAACAACACACCUAUUUUCGGGCACUCAUGGCAUCCACGAAAAUGGAAGCUCAUUCGACAUCCGAGUGA